AAUACCACUACUUUUAACGUUAUUUUACUUACUCCGUGAAUCGGAGGGGGGGGGGGUAACAAGCCCUUCUUUUAGACCCAAGACUCGCUUCGGUGGGUCAAUCCGAGCGGAGGACAUUGUCAGGUGGGGAGUUUGGCUGGAGCGGCACAUCUGUUAAAGAUAAUGCAGGUGUCCUAAGAUGCACUCAUUGAGAACAUAAAUCUCAUGUGGAACAAAAGGGUAAAAGCUCUUUCGAUUCAGAUUUUCAGUAUGAAUACGUACCGUAAAAGCGUGGCCUAUCGAUCCUUUAGACCUUCGGAAUUUGAAGCUAGAGGUGUUAGACAAGCUACCACCAGGAUCUCUCAAUGCUUGGAAUGACAUUGCAAACGCUUUCGUCAACAAGUUUCUCUAUGAUGCUGCAGCAAGUCUAGAGAUUGAGAUGAGAUUUAUGAUAGAAUAUAUGGUGGAAGAUGAUGAACAACAUGUGUCUGGAGAGCUGAGCAGAAUAGAAGAAGUCGAUAUUAGUGACAUGAGCUCAGAAUCGAUCGACAUCCCAACCGUAACAUCGAUCGAUACUAGCUUUUCAACAUCGAUCGACCCAGCCUUCAAACGUCGAUCGACACAAACUCCUGUUGUCGAUCGAUACCACUUGAAAUCCCUGAAAAAUCGAGUUGUCCUCAGGACAUUGCAGACUCGACACUGAAGAGCAUCGAUGUAUCAAGUCGCUAUCCUGACCAAAAAGUAGAAAAAGAAAUCACCAUGGAAGAUUUCUUGGAACUAGAAGAAUUCUUGGAGUUAGAGGAUGGGCUACAGCUUGGAGAUUUGGAUUCGAGUGAAGAAGUAACUAUGGAAGACUUCUUGGAGCUGGAGGAAUGGCUUGAGGAUUUAGACCAGAACCCGAAGCAAAAGUUUGAUGAUCAGUACACUUCGGGAAAAGGUCUGGAAAAUUCCUUAAAGGCUGACGACAUCGACCGACAUAAAUCUGAUGAGAUCGAUCGACACCCACCCUACGAUAUCGAUCUACAAUCUCCGUCUAACAUCGAUCAACAUAUACCCGACUGUAUCACUCGAUACCCACCCGAUUGCAUCGAUCGACACCCAUGUUUGGAUGAACUAUCAGGAUACAUGAUUGAACCAGAACUGGUUGGAAGAAAAGAACACACGUCUGGAGCCUCACACCUUGCUGUCUCCGAACAUCUAAGACCACCUAUAUGCGCAGAAGAAGCUGUUGGGAUUUGCAAAAGAGUGAAGAGGAUACAUGAUCCUGUGAAGAUUAUGGUUCCAUGUGCAGUGUUUGAAGUUGAAUCUCCUAUCCCACCAGGUAAAGGUGUGUCUCUAAGUUCUUACUUUGAGGUAUUGAAUGAUCAACAUCAUGUAGAAGUUUCUCAUAGAGGGCUGCGAUUUAGAGACGAAGUAGAUGCAGGCCCAGCAGAAGCACCAUCGGACGACAUCAGCAAAUCGGAAUUGAUCGACACUAACACUUCACCAUCGAUCGAUACCGAUCAGAUAUCAUCGAUCGACACCAGACGCGAAUCAGAGCAUAAUGAGUAUGAAUUGUGUGGAAAUAUUUUUUAUGGAGAUACCACCACGCAUUCAGACAAGUCUGGGGGAAGGAAGUGGAGGAACUGGAAGAAGAAAAAGAGAAUCAAUAAAGGUUCUCAGAUAUCAUUGAUUCCUCACUUCUCAGAUGUUGCCAGGAAGUCCAGCGUGAGAUUACACAAGUCUAUGGGAAAGAAGGGGAGAAAUUGGAAGAAGCGGAAACGAACCAAAGGAGGUUCCCAAUUACCAUUGACUCCUUACUUCUUAGAUAAUGUCCGAAAACCUCAGACAAUAUACUUAUAAAAAGAUAUGAACCUGCCUACCGAAUCCUAAGUCAUACAACCAACCACCCCUUGACUUAGAACUAGAUAGACAGUCCAGAAUAGAUAAACAGAACACACUAACAGUCCGGAUCGUCCCGAAGACCAAUCUGUCCAUCCGGAUAGAAUCUAGGUGCGACCGGCCUAGAUGAAGUCUGGCUCAAUGGCCCAACAGACUUCCUUACCUGAUCCAGCCUUGGGCCUGGAUCCAACGGCCGAGUAAGCCUCACGCCCAAUCCCGUUAGGACAAUGGCCGAUCGGACCUCGGCCAAGGUUACACCCUUUCGGCCGCAUGCGUCCCUUCGCCAAUACCGCAUGGGUUUGGGUCGGGCAGUGGACUAAAGCCAUACCCAACUCUUCUAGACUUAGCCCACGGCCUUGUCCCAAGCCCCAAUGGUCCAUGACCUCAUGGCCUGACCCCCCAUGGCCUGCCACCGGCCCGGACCCGGACCAUCGGACCGAAACCCGAACAGUCCAUCCAGCUGAGAUGAGCUGACCCCCAGCUGCCUCAGAUGAGUGAGCUAGUAGUCCAGCUAGUGGAGCUGACCAUGUAGUGUCCGAGCUGGAGUGAGCUUAUCCUAACUCCGUUGAGCUAGUUGAGCUACCCGUUCCGUCCGUCCAGCUACCGUCCUGCUCGAUCUAGCUGAUUCUCGACUUGUGUAAGGUUAAGUCUAAGUUUCCUUACGUCCAUAACCUUCUUAUCCGGCCAUGGAACGCUUGCCAUGAUGUCUUAAGACUGGCAAGUACGUUUCCUCGAACCAUGCCCGUCCCAAUGAUCCUAUUCAGGAUCCGGGAUGUUACACGUCCUGUGUGUGCUGACGGACACCCAUA